UUUGAGAUAACAAAGUGUAAAUUUAUUAUCACAAAACAAUUCAUAAAAAAUAAACAUAAAUAAAAACAAAAAAAACCCAAGCCCAUUUCGAGUUCUACUGCAGGUCGUCGAUCCGACCCGAGAGGACCUUGAACUCAGCACGAAAUCGUUGUGCGUCCCCCAGAUCCUGACGGUGCCGGAGACGUCGGCGGACGCGAUCCACUGGCCGUUGGGGGAGAAUCUGGCGACGGUGUCCGGGGAGGCGUGCUCGGCGUAGACGGCGACGUCGAGAGGGCUGUCGAGGUUCAUGAUGAUCACGGAUCUGCCAUUGGUGUAGAGGAGCCUGUUGGAUUUGGGGUCGCCGGAGAUCAGGAUCCCCAGGCAGCACAGCCACCUUCGCAUGACCGCCGCCUUCAUCCCACCGCCAUUCCCAUCGCGCCGUCGACGCUAACGGAGAGAUACACGUUAGUCAGAUUGGGUCAGGUCACCAGGUGCCGGUGAAUAGCAGAAAAAAGUUAGACUUUGAAUUUGACCAAAAACAAAACGUUAGACUUUGAACAUUUUGCAGACUUUGAAUUUGACCAAAAACAAAACGUCCAGAAGAUCAUCAUCAUUGUUUAUAAACAACGGGAGAAUUUAAGCAUGUCCUUCAUAAUAUUGAAAGACUUGAAAUUCAAGCAUGUCUUUCAAGUCUUCUUCCCACAAUUAUAUAGAGCACCGGCAUUAUUAUGUACUACUGUAGUGCCCAGAACAAAUAUACCAUGGAUCCAAGGCUCUACAAAUCUGCAAAGUCUGGGGCUGUUUGCUUCCUCAGAAAACUUCUUAGUGAUAAUCCUAGCCUUCUAUAUAAACUUACACCUCGAGAAAACACAACCCUCCAUAUAGCUGCGCAAUUCGGACACAAAAAUAUCGUGGCUGAGAUUUAUAGCAGAUCCGGGUCACUUCUCAUACAGCAAAACUUAGAUGGAGAUACACCCCUACAUGUGGCUGCAAGGUUUGGUCACUUCUCUAUUGUCAACUAUCUGGUUAGAGAUAUAAUUUCAUCAGUGUCAGAGGUAGGCCUGGGGCUUGAGACUCUGAGAAUUAGAAAUAGGGGGAACAACACAGUAUUACACGAAGCUUCAAGGAAUGGUCACCAUAAAGUGGUCGAGUUCUUAAUCAAAGUUGAUCCUAACUUGGCUUCUGUUGAAAAUGAUGAGGGUGAGUCUCCAUUGUAUCUGGCCGCAAGAGGGGGAAUGUUAGAGAUUGUGAAUCAAAUUAUAAGGACAACUCCGUCAUCAGCUUAUGGUGGUUCAGAUGGCCAAACAGCUUUGCAUGCUGCUGUGGUUGAGAGGCAUAUUGGUAUCAUGGAAGCUCUGCUAGCAUUCAAGCAAGAACUAGUCAAAGAAGCUGAUCGACAAGGCCGGACUCCUCUCUACUAUGCAGCAUCCCUAGGUGACCACAGAACAGUUCAGCGAUUACUAGAACUUGAUACUUCUACUGCAUAUGUCUUGGAUAAAGAUGGUCGUUCACCAAUUCAUGGUGCAGCUAGGAAUGGUCAUACUGGUGUGAUUAGAGAGAUUGUCCAACAUUGCCCAGAUUCGGGAGAACUUAUUGACCCUUAUGGACAGAAUGCUCUUCAUAUUGCUAUUUCCAGUGGACAAGCUAAUGUGGUCACAUAUAUAUUAGAAACACCAGAACUAGAAGGGUUGAUAAAUCAGUCUGAUAUUGAUGGAAACACGCCUUUGCAUCUAGCAGCGAUUGCAAGAAAAACUUGGAUUCUUUGGUACUUGAUGUGGGAUGGAAGAGUAAAUCAAAGAUCCAAGAACAAAUAUGGCCAAACAGCAUUUGACAAUGAUACGUCAAUGAAGAAAUCUAGUAUUACAUCUCCCAUGAUUUUAGCAAGAGCGGACCACGAAGAAGCAAUUUCAGCAAUGCAAACUUACAAGAAAAUGGGUCAGACCCUUUUAACGGUUACAACACUCAUUACAACUGUAACAUUUACAGCCGCAUUCACAAUGCCUGGAGGCUACAACAAUGAUGCAGGCUCAUCAGAUCGAGGGCUAGCUCUUCUACAGUCGAGCAAAUGUCUAAAACAUUUCAUAAUCUUCGACGCUGUUGCUAUGACUUGCUCAAUUAGUGCAGCUUGCCUCCUAUUUUGGGGAGCUGUUAAAAGCAGGGGGUGCUAUCUUUACUAUUUCACAAGUGCCGCUGCUCUUACAUAUAUUGCUCUACUAUCGACGGCAGGAGCAUUCACAACAGGAAUUAAAGCUGUGCUGCCCCAUCAGCAAUACGUGGACAUCAUGAUACUGGGAGUGGAUGUUGCUUUUCACAUCAGUACCUUCUUGUUUCUUUUUCAUUUGGUUCAAAUGUUUUCCAUCCCUGAAGCCUGUAGACUCUUGUUUUCUCAUCUCUGUAUCAAGUCCAAAAGGGCUAAGAUACAAAAAUGGAGAAGAAGUACAUAUUUGAAGUUUUGGUUGGCCUCAUGA